UCUCGUCUGAUUUAAUUCGACAAUUGUAAUGACUGGGAACCUGGAAUUAACGAAUCGCGUGGGCUCGAUUGUCGAUAAGUCAUUGUUUCCGGAGUUGGUAAAACGACACUUGUUGCCAGGGAAAGCCAAGAUCAACUCCAAUGACAGGGACUAACGACGGGAUACCAAGGUGCGUCAACCAUUUUCUACAUGCAGCGCACGCACUCUGAAGUUUGGUGAGGUUUUUUCCGGAGGUGGGGGCGGCGCUGUCACGGUGCGGAAGAGGAGGGGGAGUUGUAGGCUGAUAUUAACCGUAUGUAGAUAGCGCACAGGUGAUUUCUUUUCGCAAAGUAAAUAAAUUCUAUCGUUUGUAGUUGGUUUGUACACGUUUGUACUGAUCUUAAAAUAUUUCCGUAGUCCUUCAAUCAUUUUACAAUAUAUGAUUAAAAAUCCAUUGAAGCCAGUGCCUCCGCGAUGUUGUAAGUGGCGACAUCUCUGUCCCGGGGCCUUAGAAGAAUCGUAAAUGGGCUGCCCCAGAUGGCAUGCCAUAUACUCUGUGGUAAUGCCUUACCAACAGGCACGUUCAAUUGUAGUUCAUGCGCCAUCCCUACGAAGUUUUGCGGUUGGAACUACUCCAUAAGCAUUUAAAAUGUACAGUGACAAAUUCGACUCACCGUUUUACCCCGAGGACACUGACUGCGAGGACUGCGAUCAACGGAUGUUCGAGUACGAUUACGAGUACGAGGACAUCAAUGUUGACACAUUGAAAGAUGUUUACGACAACUGCAUUGUGCCAAGUGUUUUUGAGACAGCCAAGUACUUGAGUCCUCUGUUAUUAGCUUCGUUCAUUUUCAAUAUUUUAACUCAGAUAAUUCUCAUCAAAAAACUGCCGCACUAUCUGUUUCACCUGCUAUCAAUUGUGAUCGGAAUCUACACAGUCCAGCACUAUGUGCCUGAAUGUUUAUAUUUGUUGCUCAUCUAUGCUGCAUUGUCGUACGCCUGUCUGUGUUUACCUCGACGAUACCAAAGAGGAGGAGAAGUCUUCGUUAUUAGUCUAUUAGUUAUUUUAUACUGUGAAUACACGAUGGACCCCUCAGCUUGGCACAAGGUUCGCAGCGUCAUGAUGAUAGCUGCGAUGAAGGCUGUGAGUGUAUCCCUGGAUAAAACCAACAACAACGAUUUCCCGAAUAGCUACCAGUAUCCAGGAUAUUUAUUUGGGGCUGCCACAUGCCUCUUCGGACCUUGGAUCAGCUUCAAAGACUACAUUGGACUGUUGGAUAACGAGAGAUCAUCAUUAAGUUUGGAGUGGAUUAUCCAGAUCAUCAAGCAUUACACAGUAUCGUUCAUCUUCCUGAGUAUUUCGAAUUGCUGGGGUGGGUGGCUGUUAGCCGAUAGUUCAACAAAAUGGGUUCUGGCGUAUCGAGACGCAUUAUCCUUCAGAACUUCUCACUACUUUAUCUCUUAUGCUUCUUCAAGUGUUUUGUUAUUGGGUGGAUAUCCAUCGUCACUCACGACGAUUGUCAAACCUGGGGAUAUUGAAAUGCCCAGAUCGCUGGUUCAGGUCGUUGUCUCGUGGAAUAUUCCUAUGCACACGUGGCUGAAAUUAUAUAUAUUUCGUCCAGCAACCAAACGCAUAGGUAAAUUCAGUGCAGUGACACUGACAUACUUAACCAGUGCCCUCCUUCAUGGAUUGAACUUCCAACUAGCUGCUGUUCUCCUUAGUUUAGGCUUCUACACAUACGUAGAGUUCCAACUGAGGAAUAUUCUGGCUCAUGCAUUUGACGCGUGUAUCUCAGCAAAACGAUGCCCAACAGAAAAGUGCUGUCAUAAAAAAAAUUCUGAGAACUGUUACUGGGUCAUCGUGGCAAACCUCAGUUUUUCAGUAUUAUCGAUCUUCCAUUUAGCUUAUUUAGGACUAAUGUUCGAUACCUCGGAUAUUCAAGAGAGUGGAUACAGCUACAGCCACACAAUCGAUAAGUGGUCACAGCUGGGAUUCGCCAGUCACUGGGUUGCGUUGGCUACCUAUGUUAUUUAUUUUUUACUCAGAUAAAUUUCGAUUUCAAUUUUUUCCGUGGAGACAUUGAUGCGUGCGAUCAAUUUGCGAGAUUAUGAAGAGGGAAUUGAGGGGAAUAAAUCUGAAUUCUUUAGAGAAUUGAAACCAUUCUUGAACUAGUCUUUUCAUUGUGAAAACUUUUGAAUUCUCAUACUUGUUCAGUGAGGAGCUCCAUUUUUUUCAUUCUAUCUUUGCUGAUUUCCUUUUUUUUAUCAUUUUGCCAAGCCCUAUUUUACACUUCACAAAUUAAUGGUAAUUGCUCACAGGGACUCCAUAGCUAUGAGAGAAAAAUUUAAAGGCACCAUAUUGAUGCAAAUUUAGGAAAUUGGAAAAUGUCGCUCAUUUUGAACGUUGGAACAGAAGAACUGUCCAGUGAUGUCAUAAACAUUGUCUUUGUGUUUUUCUACUCACAAUAGUCCCGAUACCCAUUAAUCGAUGAAUUGAAUUCAUCUUAUUUAUUUCAGUCACAAAUUCAAUGUCCCAUGACAUUUUUAUAUUUUUAUAUUUGUAAAAAGAUUUUGUAAUUAAUGAAUUGAGAAUAAAUGAGAUUUUCUAAAUAAA